UCACAGUUGCUUAAAGACCCACAUGAGGAAACGUAAAUCGGCUAGUCUAUGCCAAUCGGUGAAUUGAAGUAAGACGGCAACAAAAAGCGUGGGCAUUUUAAGAUCCCGGUCUUUAUCUUAAACUGGCGCGUGGUAUAUGAAAACUGCUUUGGGGAUUUGAAAGCACUCUUUCAUCCGUGUUUGCUAGUGGAGGUGUUGAAGCGAUGUUAAUAGGAACAAUUAGGCAUUGUUUGACGUAGUACGUUUUUUUUAAAAAAAAGUGGUCGUGUAAAUUCAUUCAUAAACUAAUUUUGUGUGAACCGAACUAAUUUGAAAUGCUGUCGAGCGGCAAUUUGGUGCGUUCUUCGCCGGUGCCAAUAAAUUCGAAUGCGGCGGCUUCGAUUGCGGCCGCGUCGGUCGCGUCCAUCAUAAACGAGACGUCGACGUCGCCGAAAGUCGAAAAUGCGUCGCUGGAUAAAAGCGAAAUAAAUGAAGCCGUGUCGAAGGUGUUGCGGGGCUACGAUUGGUCACUGGUACCAAUUGCAACGAAGGCGUCGUCGGAUAAGAGAAAACUGCACGUAAAAAGGCCAAUGAAUGCGUUUAUGGUUUGGGCCCAGGCGGCGAGAAGGAAAUUGGCCGAUCAGUACCCGCAGUUGCAUAAUGCAGAAUUGUCAAAGACUUUAGGGAAACUUUGGAGGCUGUUAAAUGACGCGGACAAGAAGCCGUUUGUCGAAGAAGCGGAACGUUUGCGUGUUAUCCACAAGCGUGAUCACCCCGAUUAUAAAUAUCAACCCAGACGCCGAAAGCAAAACAAAGGGUCGACCGAGUCUCUCAAUCAACUAACGCACGUACAAAACGUUUCCUUCGGCCGUUGUUUAAAGCAGGAGGACUCCCCUUGCAGCCCUAGAAGCCAAAAUUCAACGUCGCCAUCUUCGUGCUCGUCGCCCCAAAGUCCGUCGUUGUCGGCGGGACAACCCUUAAGGCAUUGCAUGGAGCAGGCCGGUAGUAGCAUAGAUUUUAACCGAUUACCAGACUUAGAUAAUAGUUACAUGCCCGAAGAUUGUCUCGAUAGUCACGAUUUGGAUCAGUAUUUACCCCAAGAUAACGGUCACGCUUUCCCCGCGAAUGUGUACCACGAAACCUACAAGCGACACAUCGAAGAAGAUGAGAGCAAUAAUAACACGCACAAAAUCAAGAAAAUGUGCGCCGACCCUUUGGGGCAACCGCAUGAAGUAUUCGAAGAACACACCACGCCGCUACCCUUCAUUCGUUACCACGAGCUGCAACCGACCAACCCCCUAACGAAAACCGAACGCUACGUACCGCCACCGACGACAUCGGUGUUUGGCUACAACCACCUUUCCACAACAUCCGGUUAUUACACCAACAGCGGCCACCACCAGUACCUACCGCCGUACCAGUAUCUACCCCAACGUUCUCCAGUGUUCGGCAACCCUUCGAUGGCCGCCUACGGUGUGAACAGCGCGACCACCUCCGACACGUGGACCCCUUACAGUAUGUAACCUACGACUGUUGUACCUUAUUUAUAGUUUUUGUUUAAAUUACUUUUGUAUUUUUUAUAAGUCUUAGCUUUUACCCAUUGUAGGUUACACGAAAUAUUUUUUUAAAUAAAUCGUUUCAU